AUGACCGACUUCAAUGAAACAAGAUCACCCCUGACAAACGAUAAUGUCCAAGCAUGGGCUCGUGCGAAUUUUGCCGCGCCCUUUCGCGCAUUACCGCGCGCCGCAAGACUGCAUUGGAUCCAGUUCGACGAGAGCUUCACCAUCAGCAGGGCCAUCUGGCGAGGCCUCGGUCGCUCCACCCACAAGCAGUUGCUUGUCAUCGGCGGAUAUGCGCCAGGCCCCGCCGGCGACGACGAUGAACCCAUUGAUCGCGUCACCGCCCAUGUCCACGAGGAUGAAGCCGAGGUCAGCUUUUAUCGCAUAACCGAAUUGGAUGACGGCAGUAGCGAGCUGCAAGCUGUGAAUAGUACCAGUACUGUUGCCUUCCAUGCGCCUUUUUGUGAUGACUCGAUCGUUGUCCGGCCAAAACGAUCAUCCACCGUCUCUUCAUUAUCAAGAUCCAUAACAGAAGAUAUCCAAGCGCCGCCCAUUAAACGCGCAGCAACAGACAGCCUAAAUGUCAAGAUCAAACGCGAACGCGACGAAGACUACACCGGAAUCGCAUCAGCCAUUCGUCCCAAGAAGCACCCUCGACGCACCCUCAGUGAGCAGAUCAUUGUGCCCUCAAGUCUCAAGCAAUCAACCACAGCACCGUCACCAUCAUCGAUUCUAAGUCCACGUAGUCCUGCGCCAGAGCGCGUUAAUCGUGCACUAACAGACAGAAUACAAAACCUCAAAGAUGAGAAUGCCGGUCUGAAAGACGUGAACGCCGGACUCAAAGCCUCUGUCAACGGUCUCGAAACAGAAAAAAUAGAUCUCCAGAAGCGCAUGGAGAAAGAAUCACAUGCAUACCGCGGCCUGGAAAUGGAAUUCGAAAGCAUCAAGAAGGAAAUGAUGGCCAUGAAAGAGCGGUUAGAAUCUGUCGAGACGUCUGGCGAGAAGGUACGCGUGGAAGUAGAUCGGUUAAAAACUGUCGAAGAGGCUAGCAAAGAAUUACGGAAAGAGUUGAGGAACGAGGUGGAGAAGCUGAGAGGAAGGGUUGAGAGGAGCGAGAAGGAGGCUGAGAAUGCGAAGGAAGAGUUGUUGGCUGUGCGGAGGGGCCUCACCAAGGAGUUGGGAGAGGCGGUCAAGAAGUGGGGUGCGUAG